AUGCGAACAUCUAAAACUCGUUCUUCAUUGAAUCCAACAACAGCUGAGUCAUCUUUUCGAUGGCAACAGUGUUCUCAAUGUUUAAAAUCCCUUUCAAUCACUCAAGACAAUCAUCAAUGUUCAGAUGAAUUAACUUGUGUAUUCGUUGAACAUAAUCGAGCUCAAUUGAUCAUACAAGAACAUAAAUCUGAGUAUUUCAAAGAUCUAGUACUGCCUUCGUUUAUGCACUCAGAUCUUGUGUUCAUUUCUCCGGAAACAAUGCGACUAUUCGGAGUUUCACAUCGGAAUGAACAGAUUUGUUUAACAUUGAAAACUAAAGAUCAACAGCGUUUGCUCCGAAUAGGCUAUGUGUGGCCAAAUUCAACAAUAGCAGAUAAUCAAAUAGCAAUCAGUCGCUCGCUGUUCGACCAAGCAUUCGAACAGCAGUUAAUUGAACUACGAACUAUUCCAAAAGAUAAUCUUCGACAUACAAGCUCAAUCACAUUGAAUGCGCUUGUUGCAUGUUCAACACGUAGUACGAAUGAACGCCGUUUGAUCACAAUCUGUUUAAAACAUCAAUUAGAAAAUCGAAUCGUGUAUGUUGGUCAACAGAUUGAAUUUGUUUAUCUUGGUCAAUCGAUAUCAUUUCGUGUCGAGCGACCAAACGAUGAAUCAGAUCUCGUUGAUUCUCUUCAUUCGCUUUCGAUUGAAAAUGAUCUUCCAAAACUCUAUCAGUUAUCUUCGUCGACAACUUCGAUUACUAUUCAAUUCGACUUGUCAACGACAAACUCUUUGAAUAAAACUUCAGAAAAAUCACUCACUCUAUCCGACAUCGGUGGUUUAAAGAAAGAAAAAUCAGAUUUAACUGAUCUUUUAUUAUCUUCUACACUCAAUGACAUUCCCCCGCGAGGAAUACUCCUCCACGGUCCGAAAGGUUGCGGUAAAACUACACUCAUCAAUGCGCUAGCUCAAGAAAUAUCAGCAACGAUUGUUCCGAUCAAUCCGUCUGAUGUGUACAGUCGACAUUACGGUGAAAGUGAAACGAAAUUAAAACGUCUUUUUGCACAAACAACAGUGAAUAAAACGAAAAAAUACUUUCUUGUUGUGGAAAAUAUCGAAAGUCUCUGUCCGAAUCAAGAGCGGAUAACUCAACAAUUAGAACGACGAUUGACAACAACAUUUAUUGAACUGUUAGAUCGAUAUUUAGAUGGAAAGAAUGUAAUUUUGAUUGCGACGACGAAUCGAUUGGAUUCAGUCGAUACUGAUCUUCGACGACCUGGUCGAAUUGAUGAAGAAAUUGAAAUUGGAGUGCCGAAUCAAACAGAUCGACUUGAGAUUUUAAAUCUGAAAUUACGCAGUAUGACAAAUAAUCUCAAUGAUGAAGAGUUAAGACUCAUUGCAGAACGAACACAUGGAUUCAGUGGGUCAGAUCUGGAGAAUCUCUGUCGAAAAGCCAAUCAUUAUGCCAGAAAAAGUCAGGAACUCGAUCGAAAUUUGACAAUGAAACAUUUUGAGAGCGCAUUAGCUGUUAUUCGACCGAGUAGCAUGCGCGAAGUGAUUCUCGAAGUUCCGAAAGUCAAAUGGUCAGAUAUUGGUGGUCAACAUGAAUUGAAAAAACGUCUGGAAGAAAUGGUUGUGUGGCCAUUGAGAUAUGCUCCCGCUCUCGAACGUCUUCACGUUCAAGUCCCGAAAGGCAUUCUCAUGUACGGACCGCCGGGAUGUUCGAAAACAAUGGUAGCAAAAGCAAUUGCCACUGAAUCGGGUCUGAAUUUUCUUGCUGUGAAGGGGCCUGAGUUGUUUAGUAAAUGGGUGGGCGAAUCAGAACGAGCCGUACGAGAGUUAUUUCGUCGUGCUCGUCUAGCUGCACCAGCAAUAAUCUUUUUCGAUGAAAUCGAUGCCAUCGCCAAUGCCAGAUCAGGUUCAACGAAUUCUCAAUCCAAUGUGAGCGAUCGCGUUAUUGCUACACUUCUCAUCGAAAUGGAUGGGAUUGAAAAACUCAAAGGUAUUCAUGAUCGUGAAUAUGCGCGUGUAUUGUUUGUUGACGAAAAUAACAAAGAAAAUGGUGAUAUAUUUAAUGAGAAAUAA